CGCGGAUUCAACCAGUAAGUAACACCUUUAUAAAUCUUUAGUAAUAAGACCUACAGCAUGAAUGCAAUUCAAGACACGUAAAUUUAAAUGCAUUUAAUUCUAGUUUUAGAAUUCCGUGGUUUAUAUGAGCCCAGUUAUCCGUGGCGGCGGAACAAACCCUCAUCCUACGCCUAUGCGUUUUCGUUCUGAUAGUUCUAUGCGUAUAGCGGCUGGAGGCAAAGUUGAUCAGGGUAUUAAAAAAGACGACCAAUCACGCGGCAUCGCUACAACUAGCGAGGCAACAAUACACCCAUAUCUCAUUAGCCUCGACGAGCGUGGGAGGCAGAUCACGGUUCCGAGCCGUCAUACUCUUCAAGUACGCGAUCCGAACGCCUUGUUGGAUCCGGCCGGUUCGCUUCGUCCUGUUCGUACCAUCGCCGAGCUAAAAGGGGAAAACUAUGAAGGGAUGUCUUGUCGGACCUACUCCCGUAAUAUAUAGGCUUCGUAUCGUCUAGUAGCGGUGAUGUUAUUAUUAAUAUAAGGGCCAAAAUCCAUUGUG